AUAGGAGAGCACACUGUGGGGGAGAGAAAAGUGUUUUCAGUUGCCAAUGUAGCAGAGUCUGUGCGUGCGUGUAGUGUUUGUGAUUGCGCAUGAGAGAGAGAGAGAGAGAGAGAGAGAGAGAGAGAGAUAACCGUUUUUGGUGUGGCUUGAGGCAGAGAGCGCGUGAGUAAGAAGAGUGUGAGGGCGGGAAAACACUUGGGAUUCCUUAAAAGUCGCUUUCUGACUGGUGUAUUUCAAGUUGCAGAUGCCGACAGAUGUGCUCAAAGACAGUAUCAGUAUCGAGGAAACACUGGUGAAGUGUGAUAGUAUGACUCUGUCCAGUGCCCCGCCUUUACGCAGAGGAAGUACCCCUCUGCCAAUCAAACACCAGCUCAGACGGGAAGAAGCUGUUCAUGAUGAUUGUGAUUGGACAUCAGGGUUGGCUGGACCUUCUCCUCCUCCAAUCAGUUUCAGCCUGGCGAAGGAUGAGACCAUCACCUCAGCAGUAGAGGGGAGACCCCCCUCUGAAGGGCCCUUUCGAAUUGCCCUGCUGGGUCAGAAUGGGGUGGGCAAGUCAUGCCUUGCUAUCGCCUUGGCUGGGGAUUUGGAUCGAACUGCAUCUGUGGAUUCUGAAGGGGAGGGCUAUGUACACACUGUUACCGUGGACGACGAGGACUGCACCAUCCUUAUCUACGACAACUGGAGGCAGGACCUGUCUGAUCUCCAGUGUGAGGUGUGUGUCCUGGUGUUCUCUGUGACGGACAGGCGGAGUUUCCACCGCACCGCCCAACUCCGCCUCCUCCUCAGGGAGACGCAACCGCAAACUCCCAUCAUCCUCGUGGGCAACAAGAGCGACCUGGUCCGUUCACGUGAGGUCAGCACUCAAGAGGCCCUCACCAGCGCUUCUCUGUUUGACUGUCUAUAUGUAGAGAUGUCAGCCUCUCUGGAUCACCGCACGGCAGAGCUCCUGGAGUAUGCUGUGAGGUUAGCCAGGGGCCUCAGCCCGGUGCCUCCAGGGGCCUGUGGGCACGACAUGGCUGGCGGCCGGGAGAGCAUCACCCACCGUGCCAAGCGUUUCCUCACUAGCCUGGUCCCACGCUACCCCCGCGAGAGGGAACGAGACGGGGGCAAGUUCUUUAGACAAAAGUCCCGGUCCUGCCAUGACCUGGGUGCCCUGUGAUCAGGGAUGAUGGAAGGGAUAGAAAGAGAGAGGGUUGGCUAGAAAGAGAGAGGGUUGGCUAGAAAGAGAGAGGGGUGGCUAGAAAGAGAGAGGGGUGGCUAGGAAGAGAGAGGGGUGGCUAGAAAGAGAGAGGGUGGCUAGAAAGAGAGAGGGGUGGCUAGAAAGAGAGAGGGGUGGCUAGGAAGAGAGAGGGGUGGCUAGAAAGAGAGAGGGUUAGCUAGAAAGAGAGAGGGUUGGCUAGAAAGAGAGAGGGGUGGCUAGAAAGAGAGAGGGGUGGCUAGGAAGAGAGAGGGGUGGCUAGAAAGAGAGAGGGUGGCUAGAAAGAGAGAGGGGUGGCUAGAAAGAGAGAGUGGUGGCUAGAAAGACAGAGGGGUGGCUAGAAGGAGAGAGGGGUGGCCAGAAAGAGAGAGGGUUGGCUAGAAAGAGAGAGGGGUGGCUAGAAAGAGAGAGGGGUGGCUAGGAAGAGAGAGGGGUGGCUAGAAAGAGAGAGGGUGGCUAGAAAGAGAGAGGGGUGGCUAGAAAGAGCAAGAGGGAAAUAAGAUGAAAGUAAUCGCAAAAUAGAGAUGGAUUCGAAGAGGUAAAUUAUGGUAAUGAGAAAAGUGAGUGUCAAUGUGUGAGUGUAAAAGUGAGUGAUAGGAAGAGGAUACAGUUGUGGGGGAUGACACAUGCAUAAAGCAGAGAAGAGCAGGAAGAGAGAAUGGCAUUAAAGAAGAGAUGGAUGUUUCUGGGUUUAUUCAUGUAAAAAUGUUGUACUAGAGAACCAUAAGUGAUAGAUAGAAAACCAUUCAUUAGCUGUUGAACACCUGUAAAUACAACACAAAGCAUCAUACUGUAGUGGUGUAAUUGAUUAUCCACCUCUAUUCCCAUGUGAUUUCAUUGAGGAUCAAAUAAAAUAGUUAUAGAAGUCAUGAGAAAGGAAGGUGACUCUUUUUAUCUA